AUGAGAGCUCGCCAGAGUAUGCUUACUUUAUUAACAUUUUCUAUUUUAUUCCCUUUAUUAAAAUGCACUGGCUACUUGGAACUCCGCCUAACAAGUCCUUAUGUACGCGUUCUGAACACUACAGUUGAAUUGACUGUUGGAGGAAGAAAAAGUUUCUACAAAGUUCCAUUGUCCCCUUAUUAUGAAUUAGCACUGACAAACGUGCCAAUGGAGUUUGAUGAACCUGCCAGUAUUAUUAUCAGAAGUGGUCCAGUAAAAGAAAUUGGGCUGACAGAUUCUGUAAUCAAUCCGAAAAUCUUCUCUACCCAAAAAAUGAGCAUCGUUACACCGAAAGCAGGAUUACCAUUCAGUGGAUUCAGAAUAGAUAUCAAAUGUGAUACGAAUUAUUUUGGGGCUCAUUGCGAUAAGUUCUGUGAUGAGGAACAAGCGAGAUCUAUGGGUCGACGGUGUAACAUUCUUGGUAAUAUCGGUUGUCCAAUUGGGUUCCGCGGAUCAAAAUGUGAUAUCGAAUUGCCAAUUGAUAGUGGAAUCUGUAAAUGUAAAAACGGAGGAAAAUGUGUGAAUUCGUUUGAUUCAAAAAUGACAGCCGAUUUUCCAAUAUGUGAAUGCCUACAUGGAUUCGAAGGGGCUGCUUGUGAGAAGACAAUGAAGUUAUUCGAACCCAAAAUCUCCACUCGCCUGUUUGAAUCGACUUCUCGUUUUCAUGAUUUGAGCAAUAUAUCCGUUGAUAAUCAAUUGUAUGACGUGAACAUUGAUAGAUCCGCCACACUAAUAUCUCCCACUUUUUAUAUUUCACAACAAGGUGCUUCAAGUGGAAAAGCUCAUCGAGCACCUAGAAAACAAACUACUACGGUUAUUUUUGAUCCAGUAACACUUUCAUUUCAUUCUGCUCAGCCACGAGUAGACUCCUCUCGUAAUUACCCAAAAUUCAAUCGACCAGUUCGUAAAAAUUAUUUACCUACAAAAAAUACUGUAUAA